UCCCCGACACUCCCCCUGACGUGCACAGCUCAGGUUCAUAAAAGGAGGGAGCAGGAGAGGAGCUGGAAGCUGAGAGGCUGCAAACUGCUCUGUGUCUGUGGAGGACCAGGUGCCAGAGCCCACGGCCAUGGCCGGGAACCUGAAGGUGAAGAUGCUGGGGGGUGAGGAGUUCCUGGUCCCCUUGAAGGUCUCCAUGCUGGCAUCGGAGCUGAAGCAGCAGAUAGCCCAGAAAACUGGUGUGCCUGCAUUCCAGCAGCGCCUGGCUACCCACCCCGCCGGCCAGGUGCUGAAGGACGGGGUCCCCCUCACCAGCCAGGGCCUGUGUCCUGGCAGUACGGUCCUGCUGGUGGUGCAGAGCUGUGACGAGCCCCUGAGCAUCCUGGUGAGAAACGACAAGGGUCGCAGCACCGCCUAUGAGGUCCGGCUGACGCAGACGGUGGCCGAGCUCAAGCAGCAGGUGUGCCGGCAGGAGCAUGUGCAGGCUGACCUGUUCUGGCUGAGUUUCGAGGGGAAGCCCAUGGACAACCCGCACCGGCUGGGGGACUAUGGCCUCACACCCCAGUGCACUGUGUUCAUGAAUUUACGCCUGCGGGGGGGGGGGGGAGUGGGCAGGACCAGGAGGGCAGCACUGAGGGCCACCCACCUGAGUCCCUGACCAAGUGCGAGUAAUAAAAGUUGACCGCAAUAUUAAA